AUGGUGUGCCAAACCUGCAACAGCAGCUUGAAUCGUGGAAAGGUCCCAACCCUGUCCAAAAGCAACGGAUUUGUUUACCCGCCGAUUCCACCGGGUCUUCCCAAACUGGAUAUGAUCAGCAAGCGGCUGAUUUCUCCCCGUUUCAUCUUUCUGGUGAUUCGUCGUCUGUGUCAUGCUUUGGGCAACUAUGGUAUCAUUGGGCAGGUGAUCAACGUGCCGGUAGACGUUGAGGAGAUGGUUCGGGUUCUUCCUCGCGAUCUUGAUAAUGACUGUGCGAUUAAUGUGAGCUUCAAGAAGCACACUGCACACAAAUCGAGCCAUUACUCGGGGUGGGUUUGCAAGGGGACUGUUUAUGCUUGGCUCAAGUAUCUCGUAACUACUCCGUUGUAUAAACGUGAGGGCAUUACUUUUGACGAAGAACGAUUGAAUGCGUUCGGAGCAGAUCCACAGGAGGGUCCCUCGCGGGCGGAAGAAGCCAUGCCACUGGAUAUCAUCGAUGAUGAAGCCGAGCUGUUGGCUAGCAUGCAACAAACUGCGAUGUGGAACGAAGACAUGUACCUGGAGCUUUGCCCUACCAUGAACCGAAUGCCCUCGAGUAUUUUGUACGAUGAGAAUGCUGAGGAGUUGAGCAAUCCCGACAUAUACUUUGGGGUCCCGACAACGAUCAAGCAAGGCGUACAAGCUACUGUGUUCAACAAGGCGAGCAGUGAAGCUAGGCGAGCUGACAGGCGGGGUGCUCGUCCAGAUCACAUUCUGGCCAUGGCCAUGAAGGUGUUAUACUGCCGUAUGAUUGAAGGGCUCAAAUGUCACUUCAAAUCUGUGGGAACAGAUAACGUCACACGUGCCCAGCUCAGCGAUCCAGAGUUCCAGAGGAAUAUGAUGGAGAUUGGCUUGGCUUUCUUCAAAGGGAUACCGAACUCUGUGCAGUACUGGCAAGGACGCAAACAGGACCUCUUCGCCAUGAUUCGACAGUUGGGUAAACCAACAAUGUUUCUCACCUUGAGCGCCAGUGAAACUCAAUGGGAAGAACUGUUGAAGGUGCUGCACAAAUUGUCCAGUGACUACGAUGACCUUGAAUUGGCCGACCCGCUGUCGGAGUUAAGCGCGUUUCAAAAGGCAAAGUUGGUCGUUGAAGAUCCUGUGACGUGUGUUGCAUACAUCGACAAGCUUGUUGACGUCAUAAUGCGCAUCUUGAAGUCCAAACGGUUCAGUCCAUUUGGUAAAUACUACGUUGUGGAUUACUUCAAGCGGAUCGAGUUUCAACAACGUGGUAGCGCGCAUGCCCACAUCAUGCUCUGGUGUGCAAACGAUCCUCGUGAGGACGUUUCCGAGGACAUGCCCGCCACCAUUGAAAUGAUCAACACUCUCUGCUCCAUCGAUGCCUUCCGUUGGUUGGGACCACUGCUUGGCAAGAAGCAAGAGCACGCUCACACACGUACAUGUUACAAACACAACGAUAAACGUUGUCGUUUCAACAUUCCGUACUGGCCGAUGAACGAGGAUCGGGUAUUGGUGCCCCUUCCGGCUGAUGACAGUCGUCGUUCUGCACUGAAGAAACGUGCUCUCGAGUUUCGUGAGAUUCUGGAAACGAAGACUUUCGAAACUCUCGAAGACUUUCUGGCCGAUUGUGAGUGUACCGAGGAAUACUACCUCGAAGUGAUUCGUGCAUGGCUACAGCGACCAGCGUUCUUCUUCAAGCGUCCGAUGAAUCAGCUCUACAUGAAUCCAUUCAACGUUUGGAUUGGCGGUGUACUUCGCUCCAACAGUGAUCUGCAGUUCAUCAUGGACGAGUACUCGUGCGCCUCUUAUUUGGUUGAUUACGUCAACAAGACAAAUCGAGGCAUCAGCGCGUUUCACCGAGAGCUUCUCGAGCUGCAGGAGCAGUAUCCCGACUACGACUAUCAAGGCUUGCUGAAGAAGUUGGGCGUGAGAGUACUCAACAGUGUUGAGAUGUGCUCACAGGAAGCAGCGUGGAUCUUGCUCCGGUUACCAAUGUCCGAAGCAAGCCGGAAAAUCGAAUUUGUGCCGACAAUGUGGCCAAAUGAGAGAACCCGAUGCCGGAAGCGACACCAGCAGAUGGACGACGAGGGACUCGACGACGACUCAACGGACGUAUGGACCAGAAACAUCGUCCAGAAGUAUGAGGACCGCGAUGGAUUGGAGGAUGUGUGCCUGGCUGAUUUCGUCGCAUGGUAUGCACCGAUGAAAAGCACCAAAAACAGCUACAAGCUGCGAGGCACUGCCAAAAUCCUGCGAUGGCGAGGAUACCCGAUGAGCGAAAUGGUCGAGUACAAGCGAGAGGCAGUGCUCCUGUUUUUGCCGUUCCGGAAUGAACGAGUCGACCUGCUGGACCAGAACAAAUUCCUCCAAUUGUACGAUUCGCAUGAGACAGAGCUCAUCGCGAAACGUAAGGAAUACGAUUGUGAGUUGAAUUUGGAGCAGACCGUUGAGGAAUACCUCCGAAUAAUCGCACAGGAAGGCGAUGGCGAGCAAGAGAGAGCCGCCACGGAGAAGCACAACGAGUACGUGAGGAGCAUCGACAUGCAGCCAAACAACGAUGACAUCGAAAACCUGCCGACUUCUGCACUGCGAGCGAUUGUGAAACAACGUUCGAAUGUCAUGCCAAAAGCUGACUACUGUGCCUGGAUGCGGCAGGCUAACGAGAAGCAGCGCAUGUUGAUCCUCCACAUCAUCCAUCGACUGACGAGCUUUGAUCCUGAAAUUCCAGCGAUGCAGAUCUUCCUGACUGGACCAGCGGGUAGUGGUAAAACGUUCACACUGCGUCUGAUGAUGGAAACCUAUAACCGGUACAGCCAAGGUCACAACUCUCGCAACAACGCGUAUAUUGCAUGUGCGUCGACAGGCAAAGCCGCCGUUAACAUUGACGGUGUUACGGUCCAUCGUGCCUACCGCAUUGCAAUAUCGCGCCAGAGUGACUCAAAGCUUAGCCCUGAAUGGCUGCAGACGUACCGAAAUGAAUUCCGGAACGUGAAGCUCCACAUUGUAGAUGAAGUUAGUAUGCUUAGCGCAGGUAACUUCAGAACAAUGCACAUACGUUUGCAGGAUAUUCAUUUGGAUUACCUUCACCCAUUCGCUGACCAGGACGUUACGUUUACCGGAGAUUUACAUCAGCUGAAUCCAGUCAAUGCUUUACCAAUCUAUAAGGCUCCGAGAAAUUCGAUUGGUGGAUCUUGGCUGUGGGAUUACAUCCGACUGUACGAGUUGGAUCAGGUCAUGCGUCAGACCGAUGUGGUGUUCUCCACCAUCCUCACCGCGAUUGGCGAAGGCAAGAAACUGACGGAUGAACAGAAGACGCUGAUCGAGAGUCGGUUCAAGUCAGUGGAGGACUGCCAACGGGAAGCUCCCAACGCCGUUUGGCUGUUCCAUCAAAACGUUGAUGUCGAUCGGUUCAACAGAGAAGCGUUGAGUGGGCUCGAGGGUCUGGACUGUCUUGCCGACGAUAUGAUCACAGGUCACAGCACAUCCGCUCAGGCAACCAGUGCACGAACGAAAUUACAUAAAAUGAGCACAGCCCAAACGAGUGGGCUGCCAUAUAUGGUUCGUUUUUGCAUUGGAAAGCCCUACAUGAUCACUACCAACAUCGAUGGCGAUGAUAAUCUGGUAAACGGAGCAAUCGGCGAGCUGAAGUAUGUGGAGAUGCGGGAAAACGACGCCGGCGAAGAAGUGAUCUACAGACUCUGGUUGCAAUUCGAUACGGAGAAAAUCGGAACCAUUGCAAGAUCUAAGGCGCAGGCAGUCGUUAACGCCCGACCCCAUCUCCUGCAGAACAUCGCUCUUGGAGGUACGAUCAAAUGCAAGCGGAUUCAAUUUCCGAUUGCGAGUGCCUGUUCCAUGACAAUCCACAAGUCACAAGGUGGAACUUUCUCCAAGGUCGUUUACCAGUACAGUCGCUCGCAGGAGCAAAGGCUGGUGUACGUUGCUUUGUCACGGGUUACUUCGCUGGAAGGACUCUACUUGACCUACGCGGACAAUCCCUCUCUAGAUCCGUCUAAGGAAAAGCCUGUGUUCCACCACGCCAAGGCAAACAACUCUCCAGCGAUGCGUGAGUUGCGGGACGAAUACAAGCGCUUGAGGAAUAACCGUUAUCGAACGAUCGGAGACGAUUUUUCUGAGGUGUUGGCGAGUAGUGGACCAGCAUGCACCCUGAUGACAAUCAACGUCCAAAGCUUGAGCGCUCAUCACCAGGAUAUAUCGAUCGAUUCCAUACUGACCAGUGUAGACUACUUGGCCCUAAGCGAGACGUGGUUGGAUGAUAACUCCUCGGUCGAGAUUGAAGGCUACACUUGUGUUGUCCAGUCCAAAAGGGAUGACGCAAGAUCUGGCGGUGUGGCAAUUUAUCGAAAGACGACGACCAAAACCAGCAUGGCAGUCCCGUAUACUCCCGAAUUGGUGAGUCAAGAUCGAGACGAACUUUUCGGUGUGGCAGAUAAAUACGGUGACGUUUGCGCUGCUACAGUGGAUGUGAUGGGCACUGAGGUACUGCUGUUCUCGGUGUACAUCAUCCCAGGAACCACACUGAAGCAGAAAGACCCAUGCUGUCUGUACUACGAACUGAAGAACCCGAGCCAUCUCAGUUGCAUUGAUCCAUAA